AUGGAUGUCACCCGCCUCCUCCUGGCUACCCUGCUGGUCUGCCUGUGCUCCCUCACUGCCUACAGCCACCUGGCACCUGAGGAAAAGCCCAGAGAUGAAAGGAGCCUGAGGAGCAACUCUUCCAUGAACCUGUUGGAUUUCCCUUCUGUCUCUAUUGUGGCACAGAACAAGAAAUCCAAAAAGAUCAGCAGAAAAGAAGCGGAAAAAAAGAAAAGAUCUUCCAAGAAAAAGGCUUCGAUGAAGAAGGUGGCACGGCCCCGGCCCCCGCCGCCUGGCCCCUGCGUGGCCACCCGCGACAGCUGCAAGCCGCCGGCGCCUGCCUGCUGCGACCCGUGCGCCUUCUGCCAGUGCCGCUUCUUCCGCAGCGCCUGUUCCUGCCGCGUGCUCAACCCCACCUGCUGA